AUGCACUGCGUAGCCUACUUGCUUCUCUUCGACGUCAACGCGGGCCCCGCCGAUGCUCUUGGCAUCGUCCUUUCCGGUCCGCAGAUCCAGAUCUACGACGCCGCAUGCGGCUCGACUCGACGACCCUCCCGGUCAACGGGGUCGACCGAGUCCCACUGCGCGGAGCCUGUAACCUCGCGGGUACUCGGCGCUCAACAACUUCGCGCGGUUCAGCCACGCGCGCUCGAGUCUCGCUUUGGCGCGCGUCGCGUGAGCUUCUCCCGCUGCGACAGUGUAAUGAACUUCGUCAUGCGCGAGUGGAUCGUGUGGAACUACGAGGCGACGACCUGGCGAAACGCGCUUGCAAUCAAUGUACCGCUGUAUCGCUCGCGCAUGCCCAGGCACCCAUCUGCACCUACGGCACUCGAUUCGCAAACCGUCCCGUUGUCCCGCGUCGUGAUCAAUGAGCCUCUGUCGCGGCUCCCGCAGAUUAUCAGGCAGCAGCCCGGCUGGACGGCAUUGGCAUGA